GCGGCGACAAGGGUAAUAAGGGUGGGAGGCUGCCAGCGGUGCUCAGAGCCAACUGCAACCAGAAUAGGGCGACUGUGCUUCUGGCCACCAGCCGCACUCGGAGAAACAGAGGGAGGGAGCCCGCCCGUUACUCCCCACCCAUCAUCGCCGCGCUGCUGCCGGGUGCCGCGUUCCGCGGAGGACUGCGCCGGUGAGCCGGGACACGGAGGCCCCGGCAUGGCAAUCGCAAGGCAAGUGCUUUGUCUCUCUGCUCUAUUUUGUCUGCCUCACGCGCUCUCCGAGCCCAUCCGCUACUCCGUAGCUGAGGAGGUGGCCAGCGGCUCCGUGGUAGCCAACCUGGCGGAGGACGCUGGGCUGACCCCGGCUCAGCUCUGGGCUCGCCGCGCCCGCCUGGCCCCGGAGGAUGUCCCGCAGCACUUUCGUUUAGACCCCGGCACCGGCCGCCUCGUUGUGGCGGAGAGGCUGGACCGGGAGGAGCUGUGCGGGCAGUCAGCUACCUGCGUGCUCCCCUUCGAGCUGCUGCUGGCAACUCCUCUGCAGAUCUUUCGGGUCGAGGUGGCCGUGGAGGAUAUCAACGACCAUUCGCCCGUUUUCCCCGAGGACAAAAUUACUUUUCAAAUUCCAGAAACGAGCAACCCGGGCUCGAGUUUCCCGCUGGAGGGGGCUCAGGAUCUGGAUAUUGGCAUCAACAGUAUCCAGGCUUAUAGCAUUGCUCCUGAAAAUGAAUACUUUAGUGUCUCCUUUGGGAGCCGGAGUGAAGGUGACAGAUAUGUUGAACUGGUCCUGGGAAAGCCACUGGACAGGGAGGAGCAGGUGGAGGUGUCUUUCAUUCUCACUGCUGUAGAUGGAGGUUCUCCACCCAGGAGUGGGACCACCCAAAUCCGCAUUGUUGUUCUAGAUGUGAAUGACAAUGCUCCUGUCUUCACUCAGGAGAGAUAUAUUGGGAAAGUUUUGGAAAAUGCCCAAGAGGGCUCUGUGGUUCUGACUGUGGUGGCAACUGAUCAGGAUAUCGGACCUAACGGGAACAUCUCCUACCAGUUCAGCCAAGUAUUGAGCCAGAGUAACUCUGCAUUCUCAAUUGACCCCAUGAAUGGUGAAAUUAAACUCACAAAGUCUCUGGACUUUGAAAUGGCAGAGAAACACGAGCUCAGCGUGCGGGCCACAGAUGGUGGGGGCCUCUCUGCGAUCUGCAAGGUGCUGGUGGAGGUGCUGGAUGUGAAUGACAACGCACCAGAGCUGGUGGUCAGUUCCUUCAGCAGCCCCAUCCCUGAGGACACAUCACCUGGGACAGUGGUUGCCCUCUUUGCUGUCAGGGACCGGGAUGCUGGUGCCAAUGGGAAGAUCUCCUGUGCCCUUGAGGACCUUGAGCUGUUGUUCACCCUGCGUCCAGCCUAUAAGAACUACUAUGAGCUGGUGACUGUGAGUGCACUGGACCGGGAGAAGACAGCCCAGUACAUCCUCACUGUCACAGCAGCAGAUGCGGGGUCACCUCCUCUCACAACCACCCAGACCUUCACAGUGGACAUCUCUGAUGUGAACGACAAUGCACCUAUCUUCAACCAGACAUCAUACACCAUGUACGUGCGAGAGAACAAUAUCCCCAUGGUACUCAUAGGAGCUGUCAAUGCCUCUGAUGCUGAUGUGGGGCCCAAUGCCAAGGUGACUUAUUUCCUGGCACCAGCCCACCCCACAGAGCAGCCUCCCUGCUCCUGCAUCUCUGUGAACUCUGAGAACGGUCAUGUGUUUGUGCUGAGGCCUCUGGACUAUGAGAAGAUCAGGCAGAUUGAGGUCUUGGUGACUGCCUCUGAUGCAGGGUCACCUCCUCUCAGUGCCAAUGUCACCGUCCAUGUUGUUGUGGUAGAUGAGAAUGACAAUGCACCCCUGGUUCUGCAUCCGGCCCAGGAGAGCAGCCCUGUGCCCAGCGAGCUGGUGCCCGUGUCAGCAGAGGCAGGCUACCUCAUCACCAAAGUGGUGGCUGUUGACGCAGACUCAGGGCAGAACUCGUGGCUCUCAUACCACCUGCUGAGGGCCACUGACCCCGGGCUGUUUGUGGUGGGUGCCCAGAGCGGGGAGGUGCGUCUGAAGAGGCAGGUGAUGGAGAGAGAUGCUGGGAAGCAGAAACUCGUUGUCCUGGUGAGAGACAAUGGGCGGCCCCCCCUGUCAGCCACGGCAGCACUGAGUGCAGUCCUGCUCAGUGACUUCUCAGAUGUGCACCUACCACAGAGCAGCCUGGCCACAGAGGAUGAAGAUGACUCCCUGACAAUCUAUUUAAUCAUUUCCUUGGUCACUGUCUCCCUCCUCUUCCUCGCAUCCAUGGCAGCCGUUGUUGUACACAAGGUGUGCAAGAGAAAGGAGCUGAAGAGUGAUCAUGUCCUUUAUGGUGCUUGUGACCUGCAGAGUGGCCUGGCUGAUGCAGCUGCCGUGGGGACCCUGCCCCGUGCCUAUUGCUAUGAGGUCAGCCUCACAACAGGCUCAGGCAACAGUGAGUUCAAAUUUCUGAAGCCCAUGCUCCCCAACGUGCCACCCCAGCAUUGUGCCAUGGGUGGGCGCACCAACAAUGAACAGGAUCUCCCUUAUGACCCCAUCCCUGCGGGGGACAUGGCACCAGACAAUCCUGGGACACUCUCUGCUGAACAGUUCAAUCAUUUUUCCUUUAACUAAUGUGGAGUCAGCACAGAGAGAGGCUUUGUGCCUCACCAUGAGA